CCGCUGCCCCCCCUCCCCCUCGCUUCAUCCCUCACACCUUCGGUCGCUGCCUCGCGCCCUAGCCCACCCCUCCCGGCCCCUUCCUGCUGCCGGUCCCAUUGCCGGCGCCACUUCGCCAGCGGCCGAAAUGCCCAACAACUCGGCCUUCGACGACUGGCUCGCCCUCCUGGAGGUGAUCAACGAACUGUCGGCGCAUGGCGACCCCAACAACCCGUCUUUCAAUCAGGCCACCGUCUUCGCCACCGGCCAGCUACCCACCUUCGCCAUCGAUCGCGCCUUCAACACGAUGUCCCACAACUCGCCGGAGAUCCAGCGCGACCUGAUGCACUAUGUCUUCGGCCACAUCAAGAAGCCGGGGCAAGAUCCCCGGGACUCGCUUUUCUCGAAGAUCGUCCUUUUUUUCGCCCUUCGCCGGAUGCUGGAUCUCCGCAAUCCGGACACCACGCUACUCAUCACGAAUCACCUUCAAUCGGACUUCCAAGAGAUCGCCAGGCAGCUGUGCCCGCCGGGAGUCCAUGUCAAGCUGAUUUCCGAGUGCUGCCGUGUUUUCUCGCAACUUUGCUCGCACGAGAAGAUCCUCUCUUUCCACGACAUCCUGGAGCUGGAUUUCGCCCUGCAGUGUCAUAACCCCCAAUAUCAGUCGCGAUUCAUCGCCGUCAUCGCUGAGAAGCAUUCCGAAUUCAACAAGAAAAUCCACGCCAAGCAUGAGCGGCAAAAAGCCAUGCGCGAGGGCUACACCCGGCGCCCGGAGGGGGACACCGUGGAGAAUGAGUUUGCCGAUAUCUGGGACUCCGUGGGAUCAGGGCUACCUGCCGACUCGUCUUCGGUGGCUGGGCUUCGCCACCAGCAGGACUUUUUGGCCGGGGUCCUGUCCGAGAACGGCCACCAUGGCUCCCCAGGUGGCAAAGCCGAGUUCCCGGCAGAGCACUUGGACUUCCUGCGAAGCAUGAAGCCCGGGCCGCCAGACGGCAUGGCCAACUUGCCAUCCAACCUCCACUCGUAUGUUCUGCUCAAGAUCCCAGGCCAGCCUGAGUGAUGCCUGACAAACGAGCACACAGAAAAAAUAGACCGGACAAACACACACACACACA